AUGGAGGUAAUUGAAAGCCAGUCUCCCCCGGCUGAGCUGGAAAAGGGUGCCGUCGGAGAAGAAAUUGGGACAGAGGCUGCUUUGUCUGGUAUUGAAGCGACCACUGCUGUUUGGGGCAAUAAAGGAAGAGGACUUGUCAUCAUUGGCCUGGCCAUGAUCACGAUUAUUUACGAGCUCGACAAUUCCACGGUCUAUGUCUACAACAUUUACUCCACAUCAUCAUUUGAUGCCCUGUCAAAGCUUGCAACUUUAAGCACAGCCGGCGCGGUGCUUUUUGCAGUCAUCAAGCCGCCAAUUUCCAAGCUCUCCAUUGUCAUGGGUCGUGCCGAAGCUUACGUGAUGACGAUCAGUCUAUACGUACUAUCUUACAUUUUUAUGGCUUCGGCUAAAACUCUAAACACUUAUGCUGCAGGGUAUGUCCUGUACGUUAUGGGUCAGUCAGGCACUAACAUCAUGAACGACAUCGUCAUCUCGGACAUCAGCAACGCACGCUGGCGUGGCUUUGCAAUUGCCGUUUCGUUCACCCCUUUCCUUAUCACCCCUUGGGUAGCCGGGUUCAUCGCCAAUAGCGUGGUGCAUGGGAUCGGCUGGCGCUGGGGUAUUGGCAUGUUCGCGAUUCUCAUGCCUUUUUGUGCGAGCUUUAUCAUCACGACACUUUUGUACUACCAGAUGCGAGCUAGAAAAAUGGGUCUCGUCUUACGAGAGAAGAUGAGAGUCUAUGACUUUUGCUCACAGAUUGAUCUUGGUGGCCUCAUACUCUUCAGUGGCGGAUUUGCUUUGAUCUUGCUCCCAUUGAGCCUGGCCGCGACGACGACCAGCAAAUGGAAGACACCCUACCUUGACACACUGAUCGCCCUUGGAGCAGCCAUGCUGAUGGUCUUUCCAAUUUACGAGACUCUUGUAUCUCGCUACCCAUUCAUGCCGCCAUCUUACUUCAAGAACCCCACGAUCGCUGUUUGCUUCUUCCUCAUAGCAACUGACUCUAUUGGCUUCUCAUGCACUCAUACCUACCUUUACAUGUGGGCGACAGUGGCACACAACUUUUCAGCCCGCAAUGCUACCUUUUACAACUCGAUCAAUGGUUUCAUGCAGUGCCUGUCAGGCAUAAUAGCUGGGAUAUUAAUGAUGUGGACGCGGCGGUAUAAGUGGUUGGUGGUGGUCGGUGCGAUAAUCCGUUUAAUUGGGUAUGGCAUCAUGAUCCGCCUUCGAGGCGCAACGAACUCCAUAUUUGAGCUGUUCUUCGUGCAAAUAAUCCAGGGCAUCGGAUCAGGCAUUAUGCAGACAAACUUACUGGUACCGGCGCAAAUAUCCGUACCUCAUGCACAGAUGCCGCAGAUGACCGCAUUGGUAGUAUGUUUUUCUUUCUUGGGUUCUAGUGUGGGUGCUUGCAUCGCUGGCGGUAUAUACACCAACACCAUUGGAGAGGCCUUAAAUAACCAUCUUGGCAAUGGAGCAACAGUAGCACUGAUUAGCAGUCUAUCUAACUCAAUCGUUGGUGUCGCCCCAGCAUGGGGCUCCCCAGAACGUAUCGCCGUGAACCUGGCUUUCUCUGAUGUAUUGAGAUACAUGACUUACACUGCACUUGCAUCAUCUGCGCCUGCGAUUAUCUUAGUCUGGUUCAUGCCAAAUCACAAGCUUCCCGAUCGGAAUAACUUGGUGGAGGAGUAA